AUGUACUCUACUGCUGCAGCAGGCGCAGGCCCGAUCCACUCGGUCCCCCCGAACCAGAUGAACUUUCCGCCGCUCGUGUCUACGAUGGCGACACAGGGCGCGCAGCAGCAGCAAGGCGUGCAGCAGGCGCAGGUGGGCGCUGGCGGCAGCUCGCUGCCGAAGAACAUGGGCCAAGGCCAGCAGGGCAUGGGGCCGCCGCACAUGGGGAUGGUGAGCGGCGGGAUGCCGCUGGUGGGCCAGCCGGUGAUGCCGAACAUGCCGCCCGCCACCGCGGGCAUCUCCGGUCAGCAGGCGUCGUCGCGCGCGCUGGAUGACCCGAACGUGUACCACUGGAUCUGCCAGCUGACGUACGGGCCGAACAAGGAACAGGCGCUGUUGGAGCUGGGGCGCAAGCGCGAGCAGUACGACGACCUCGCGCUGGUGCUGUGGUCCAGCUUCGGCGUGAUGACCGCGCUGCUGCAGGAGAUUAUCUCCAUCUACCCGCUGUUGUCACCGCCGAUGCUGAACAACCAGCUGUCCAACCGCGUGUGCAACGCGCUCGUGCUGCUGCAGUGCGUCGCGUCGCACCCCGAUACCAAGACCGCCUUCUUCCAGGCCCACAUCCCGCUGUUUUUGUUCCCGUUCCUCAACACCACCUCGCGCCAGCGCACCUUCGAGUACCUGCGGCUGACCUCGCUCGGUGUGAUUGGCGCGCUGGUCAAGAACGACUCCGUCGAGGUCAUCAACUUCCUUCUGCGCACCGACAUCAUCCCGCUGUGCCUGCGAAUCAUGGAGUCCUCCUCCGAGCUCUCCACCACCGUCGCGAUCUUUAUCCUACAGAAGAUCCUACUCGACGACAACGGCCUGCAGUACAUUUGUGCCACCCAGGAGCGCUUCUAUGCCGUCUCGCAGGUCCUCACAAACAUGGUCGACCAGCUCACCGUCCAGCAGACCCCCGGCCGCCUGCUGAAGCAUGUCGUGCGCUGCUACCUUCGGCUUUCCGACAACCUCGAGGCGCGCAGGCUGCUCAAGCAGGUCCUACCCCGCCAGCUCAAGGACAAUACCUUCACCGAUGUGUUGCAGGAUGACCUUGGCACCAAGCGCUGCCUGGCUCAGCUGCUUCUCACUCUGAACGAAGAAUGA